GCGCCGCGUCGAUAUGCUGCAUAGAGGCGACGCUCUGCGAUUCUGGCAGAGAGAGGGAGAGAGAAGGGUAAAAUGAUUAAUCUGUCGACGGCGAAUUUGUGCCCGCAAUGAUAGCCCGCUGAUAGACAUUGGGGCCCCGAGCGUGACGAAACACAGCCCGGAGAGUAGCAUUAAUGCGCAGGAGGCGCACAUCUCGCCGUCGUAGUGCCGCCAUAGCAAGUGGCGCCGUUUGUGUAAUCGUGCAGGCAGGCUCGCAGCCUCUUCGCCUCCUGAGCUGAGCGUCCUUUCAGCACUGGACAGCGACACCGAGGAGGUCCUGAGGCGAGUCCUCCCCUCUUCUGCAGUCAGUUCGACCCUCUCUUGGCUCAGGGCAACGUGUGGCUAGAUGACUUUACUACAUCAACAAGCACCGCGGUAUCCUGGACUAAUAUAGCAGCGUCACAUCCCCCUCCUCUCUCUCUCUCUCUCUCUCUCUCUCUCUCUCUCUCUCUCUCUCUCUCUCUCUCUCUCUCUCUCUCUCUCAUUCUCUUUCUAUCUGCCCCCUGGCUGCUUCUCUGGAGCUCUCUCUCUCUCUUUCUCUCUCCAAUCGCUGAUCCCUCCGUCCAAAGGCACCAUGGGAAACCGUGGCAUGGAGGAGUUGAUCCCGCUGGUCAACAAGCUGCAAGAUGCAUUCAGCUCCAUUGGCCAGGCAUGCAACCUGGACCUGCCGCAAAUCGCAGUGGUGGGCGGCCAGAGUGCAGGAAAAAGCUCCGUGCUGGAGAACUUUGUGGGCAGGGACUUUCUGCCCCGUGGAUCUGGUAUCGUCACUCGCAGGCCCCUGGUUCUGCAGCUUAUCAGCGCUUCUGCAGAAUGGGCUGAAUUUCUCCACUGCAAAGGAAAGAAGUUCACAGAUUUCGAUGAGGUUCGCCAGGAGAUUGAAGCCGAGACGGACCGCGUUACCGGUGCCAACAAAGGCAUAUCUCCUGUUCCCAUCAACUUACGCGUGUAUUCCCCAAAUGUGCUCAACUUGACUCUCAUCGACUUGCCGGGGAUCACCAAGGUGCCGGUUGGAGACCAGCCUGUUGACAUCGAGCAGCAAAUCCGGGAGAUGAUCAUGCAGUUCAUCACCAGGGAGAGCUGCCUUGUUUUGGCCGUCACUCCGGCCAAUACUGAUCUCGCUAACUCGGAUGCCCUUAAACUGGCAAAGGAUGUUGAUCCUCAAGGUCUGAGGACUAUAGGGGUGAUCACUAAACUGGACUUGAUGGACGAGGGCACAGAUGCCCGUGAUGUGCUGGAGAACAAGUUGCUGCCACUGAGAAGAGGCUACAUUGGUGUGGUGAACCGCAGUCAGAAGGACAUCGAUGGGAAGAAAGAUAUCAAAGCAGCUCUGGAGGCAGAGAGAAAGUUCUUUUUUUCUCAUCCGUCGUACAGACACAUGGCGGACAAAAUGGGCACCCCGCGUCUGCAGAAAGUGCUCAAUGAGCAACUGACCAACCACAUCCGAGACACCCUGCCAGCCUUUCGCAGUAAACUGCAGUCCCAGCUGUUGGCCCUGGACAAGGAGGCCGAGGAAUACCGGGGAUACCGACCAGAUGACCCAUCCCGCAAAACCAAGCAGCUGUUGCAGAUGGUGCAGCAGUUCUCUGUGGACUUUGAGAAGAGGAUCGAGGGGUCAGGAGACCAGGUGGACACGGUGGAGCUGUCAGGUGGAGCCAAAAUAAACCGCAUCUUCCAUGAGCGUUUCCCUUUUGAACUGGUCAAGAUGGAGUGUGAUGAGAAGGAGAUGCGUCGUGAGAUCAGUUAUGCCAUCAAGAACAUCCACGGAAUCAGGACGGGGCUGUUCACUCCAGACAUGGCGUUUGAAGCUAUUGUGAAGAAACAGAUCAUCAAGUUAAAGGAGCCUUGUGUCAAGUGUGUGGAUAUGGUCAUCCAGGAACUCAUCAACACUGUACGCCAGUGUUCCAACAAGUUGGAAUGUUUCCCAAUGCUUCGUGAGGAAACAGAGAGAAUUGUGACUUCUCAUAUCCGAGACAGAGAAAGUCGAGCGAAGGAACAGGUUCUGCUGAUGAUAGACAUUCAGCUCUCUUACAUCAACACUAACCAUGAGGACUUCAUUGGCUUUGCAAAUGCGCAGCAGAGAAGCAGUCAGACUAACAAGAGUCAAAGUUCAGCAACAAAUCAGGUCAUUCGUAAAGGCUGGCUGACCAUAAACAACAUCAGCAUCAUGAAGGGAGGAGCCAAGGAGUAUUGGUUUGUGCUUACUGCUGAGAGCCUCUCCUGGUUCAAGGACGAUGAGGAGAAAGAGAAAAAGUACAUGCUCCCCUUGGACAACCUGAAAGUCCGUGACGUCGAGAAGAGUUUCAUGUCCAGCAAGCACAUUUUCUGCAUUUUUAAUACAGAGUCAAGGAAUGUGUACAAGGACAAUCGUACUCUGGAACUGGCUUGUGACUCACAGGAUGAUGUGGACAGCUGGAAGUCUUCUCUAUUACGUGCUGGGGUCUACCCUGAGAAGACCACCACGGUUGAAAGCGAAUCCUCCACCACCACCUCAGAUAACUUCUCCAUGGACCCUCAGCUGGAGCGUAAAGUAGAAACUAUUCGUAACCUGGUCGACUCCUACAUGGCCAUUGUUAACAAGUGUAUCCGGGAUCUCAUGCCCAAGGCCAUCAUGCAUCUCAUGAUCAAUAAUGUGAAAGAGUUCAUCAAUGCAGACCUGCUGGCCCAGCUGUACUCUGCAGGAGACCAGAAUGCCCUGAUGGAUGAGUCCCAAGAGCAGGCCCAGAGGAGGGAUGAGGUGCUCAGGACCCACCAGGCCCUAAAAGAAGCCUUGGCUAUCAUUGGGGAUAUCUCUACCACCACCAUCACCGUUCCUCUGCCACCCCCUGUUGACAACUCCUGGGUUGGGGGAACAAGCGGUGGUCGCAGAUCACCUCCUCCAAGUCCCACUGCCCCAAGGAGGAUGUCUGCAGGCCAGCGCCCAGGCCCUCGAGGUGCCCCACCACCACCAAACCGUCCAGGUCCCCUGGGGCCCUUCAACAACAGUGCUGAGAGCCCCCAGGCUCCCAGCCGCCCAAAUAGGGCCCCUCCGAGCAUUCCCAGUCGACGACCACCGCCAUCUCCUACAAGACAAGUACCGCCAUAAUCAUCCUCAAGGGUCACUCUUCUUCCUCUCUUCCUCAUUCCUCCUCACUUCUCUCUUAGCCAUGGCUCUGCUGCCCUGUUCACUCUCCUUCGUGCAAAUGGUGUCCCCUUGACCCUCCUGCCAAUUGACCAUGUCCAUAUAUCAAUGUACAGUAUUGUACUUGUCUUGUGGUGUGUGUGUUUAUGUGCGCUUCUUGCUCGCCUGUGGUCCAGGUAUGCUUUAACAGAACCACCUCAUAGUAUCAUCCACCAAUACCUCUUUUCCCCCAACCCCUCACCAAGUCAGCCACCACCAGAACUUGCUGCUUCCACAUGAAAAUAUGUGCUGCCGUAUUCAUUUCAAAAUGCAGCAUGGCACAUGAGCGUCUCUUAUUGCAUGGGAGGGUAUGUGUGUGAAUGUGCUUUGCGUGUAAGGGGGGAGGGACUAAAUUGCCUAUAUGUAAACUCCAAUUCACUUAGUAUUAAUUUAUUGUACAACCCUCCCAUAAAUGUUAAUUAUAAGCCUAAUGUUCUCUAUAAGAACACAAGUCGUAUCUUAGUACGUGUGCGUUUGUGUGCAAGUAAUACUGUGUGUGCGAGAACACGUAUGCAUACGCAGGCUGUCUGCCGUUUCAGUUGUAUUUGUUUUCAUGUUCAAAGCUGUUAAUGAUGACUCAUAAACCCUCGGGGUAAAGUUACUAUUGGACUUUUGUGAGAUGUUUGUGUGUUGUAGUAGCAGCCAUAUGCACAUAGCAAGGCUGAGGAGCACCAUCGGUAUCAGUAUACGAAACAGCCUCAAUACGACGUUUAACCUUGUCAUAGGUGUCUACCUGUGCUGUAUCAAUGGUCAAAGUUGUGACCCUCGAUGCCUUAAGCUCAGACUCAGAUGCUGACUGUUGUUGUGGCUGGAACGAUGUUUACCUGUGGAUUAACAGAUGGCAUGAUUUGACAUCUUCCCUUUCAGCCUUUAUCUCAGGUUUGAAACAUGCAACCAACCUAAUGCACAUGAAAGACGAGCACUCUAUUUAUUUACUACUCAAUCCCCGAUAUUCUUUCUUUGAAUCACACACUCAUAAUGUCGGUCAGUCAGCAUCUGUGUUAGAUCUUAAGCAGCUAUUGUCGGUGUUCAAGUGCUUCUCUGCCAGUUUGUUCAUGUGGAUAUGGUCCUAAACUGUGUUCGGGUUCUGCUGUAUUGUUAAGGAACUGUAUUGUAUUGUUAAGGAAAUACUGUACCUGUGGACUAUUAAGACUUCACAAUGGAUCCUAGCGCUUUAAUGGUUCUCUGUCCAUUCACUCAACAUUCAAUUUAGACUGCCUUACCGGCAUGGAUUACAAUUCUAUAUUGCCAAAGCUAAAUAAAUAUAUAGAGAAUUGCAGACUAUAAUAAGAAAACUAAAGAACAACAAUGAAUGAUUCCAUUUGUAGUAAGAUGUUUGUCAGAGAGCAUAAUGGAAAACACAUCUAUUGUUAUUUUCUGUGUCUCUGUAAUGUUCCGCAAUAAAAUAAUUAUGAUAAAAAUGUU